AUGUCAGACCAGUCGCAAUCCGCAUGUCCAGUCGAUCACAAGAGCAGAGAGGCAUGGCUGCAACAAGCCCGAGCAGCCGGCGCCGCGGGGGCAGAACCCUCUAUACCGUCGCAAUCCUUACCGCCAGACCAUCCUCAGAUCCCGACUUCUUCGAAUGAUAACAUCGAAAGCUGUCCUGUAGAUCAUAAAGCGCGCGCAGCGUGGCUACAACAAGCUGCCCGAGAUGCCCCUCCACCUCCCGUGCCGUCUUCUUCCCAACAGCAACAACAACCAACAUCCACCUCCUCGUCAUCAUGGACGUCCUACCUCCCACGCAUACCCUUCUUCUCCUCCUCUUCCUCCCAACCAUCAACUCUCCCACCAUCCCACCCCUCCCUCGACACAUCCCGGGAAAUCUCCACGAUCCCGCGAUCCUCCAAGCCGCUCUCCUCCGCUCCCGAACCAGCCUGCCGCCCCGCCAACACGGAGCAGGAAACCGGCGCGGACCCAACCUCGGGCAACUGGGUGUACCCGUCCGAGCGCAUGUUCUUCGAGGCCAUGAAGCGCAAGGGCCACGACCCCCGCGCCGCCGACAUGCGCGCCGUCGUGCCCAUCCAUAACGCCGUCAACGAGCGCGCGUGGGCCGAGAUCAAGGCCUGGGAGGAGCCUUGCGACGGCCCCCGGUUACAUUCCUUUUCUGGCCUGAGCACCCAGAUGUCCCCCCGCGCCCGCAUAAAUACCCUGCUGGGCUACCAGCCCCCCUUCGACCGGCACGACUGGGUGGUGGAUCGCUGCGGCAAGGAGAUUGAGUACAUAAUCGACUUCUACGCCGGGCGCGGCGGCAAGACUAGCGACGGGAAGCUAUCUUUCUAUCUGGACGUGCGGCCGAAGCUGAACUCCUGGGAGGGCGUGAAGAUGCGCGCUAUGCGAGCUGCCGGUCUGGUAUAG